CGUUUUACCCGAACAUUUGAUGAUAUUUGGGUUUUUUUCUCCAAAAUAGCUAAUGCUGAACGUUGUUGUCAACUAGACAAAAUAUUUCUUUAAAUAAUGGAAUGGAUAAGAAAACAGUACUAGUGUCCUGACCAGAUCUACUUAAAUCAUAAAAUCGUACAAUCCAAUCGUGCUAGCUGGUACCUGCAUUAGAGUUUAUUUCGGAUAACCUGCCUUUGGACAACCCUGGAAAGCUUAUGAAGAGGUUAAUUCAAUGACAUAUUCCAAAGAGCUACAGCAAAGCAACAUCAUGACUUGUUGCCACGUGGUCGUCAUAUUUUUUCUGAUGAUAUCCAGAAGUUUGGCUUCUCCCAAUAUUUUACUUUUCGUAGCAGACGACAUGGGUUAUGGCGAUCUGUCUAUUUAUGGACACCCUACACAAGAAAUGGGCCCCAUAGAUCAACUCGCCUUGCAAGGAUUAAAGCUUACCAGUUGGUAUGCAGCGCACACAUUCUGCUCUCCGAGUAGAGCCGCUAUGCUAACUGGUCGUCUUCCAGUGAGGUACAAUUUUGUUGGUGGCUACACUGUCCUGAUACAUAAACAUUAUCUUGGUUUGCCCCUUGAAGAGUACACUAUUGCUGAAGCCUUGAGAGACCAAGGUUAUGCUACUGGUAUUGUGGGGAAAUGGCACCUAGGUGUGAAUGCGCACACGGAUACAGAUGGAAGCUUCUUGCCUCAUAAUCAAGGGUUUUCCCAUCCUGCCACCAUACUGCCAUAUACACUGUUUUAUGAUUGUGACACAACUGGGGUUCACCGUCACCAACAGAACCGAAACCGCUGCAUGAUUUACAGGAAUAGUACUAUUGUCCAGCAACCAAUUAAACAGGGGAAGUUGACUGCAACUCUUGUGGAAGAUGCCAAAGCCUUCUUGUAUGAUCAUAAAGAUGAGCCAUUUUUCUUCCUUUUCUCCUUCCCCCAGGUCCACACCCCUAUGUUUAAUGAUGUGAGGUUUAAUAAAUCAUCAAAAAGAG